AUGGACUCGAAAGAAAGCGACGAUGGAGAAAGCCUGAAGAAAACGAAGGAGAUGAUCUCAAACCUUCAAGAGAGAAUCGAGAAAGUCACUUCCGAGCUAAAAGCGUCAGGACCAUCCGCUUCAGCUUCAGCUGAUCUUCUAAACCUCUCCAAAGAAAUACAACAGCUUCUCAUGGUCACUAGAACCAACAACACCCAAGAUCCCUCUUUGCGCAUUCACGAUGAGCUUGACAAGGUGUUUGAUGCGGAGAAAGUAGGACACUCGUGCAACUUAUGCCAAGGAGAUCUAGCCUCGGAUCCAGAGCGGCCUGGAGCUUCGUUGCGCAGCUUACAAGAGGCGUGCGUGCUGUCUUGUGGUCAUGUCUAUCACUUCAAGUGUUUGAGAGGCACCACUCUUGAUCUUGAUAACCAUUCUUCUAACCCAUCAUGCAUCUUCUGCGUCAGCUCCUCAGACUGA